UGAGUGGUUUUUGCGGGUUUAGGGAUGGAGAAUUUCUCUACAUAAACAAGAAGGUUUGGAUUGGAAGUCUGCUAAAAAAAAUGUUACAGCUGACCACAGGGUUGUAAAUCCAGACUGGAAGGAGAAAAAGAGAAACAUUGCAAGCGAGUGAAGUGUGUGUGGCUGCAAUGUUUGUGGGUUAGAUGAGAAACAAGCGCUGACUGAAACCGAGAAGGGGGGUGGCUGGUGUGAUUUGUUUGGUGUGCGGAGCCAAUAGAAAUCCCAGACUGCGAUAAUAUCCCGGUGCAGCGCCGCGCGGAGUCAGAGCCGAGUCUCGGGCCGGUGCACAUCUGCGAGCCGCGGCCCAGCGCGCACCGCGGAGCCGGCUCCCCGCCGCCCCCAGCCCGCGCGCCUCCGCAUGCGCGGCCGCGGUGCUCCGGCCGCGGGCCCCCGAAGGCGGCCGAGGGAGAGCCGGCGCACCGCCCGCGGUGGACUCUGUAGCUCAGAGGAGAGGGACCCGAGGAGGAGGCUUCCAUCACGUCAUUGCAGGAUGUUCUGGAAGCUCUCCCUGUCCUUGUGCCUGGUGGCCGUGCUGGUGAAGGUGGCGGAGGCCCGCAAGAACCGGCCUGCGGGCGCCAUCCCCUCGCCCUACAAGGACGGCAGCAGCAACCACUCGGAGCGAUGGCAGCACCAGAUCAAGGAGGUGUUGGCCUCCAGCCAGGAGGCCCUGGUGGUCACCGAACGCAAGUACCUCAAGAGUGACUGGUGCAAGACGCAGCCGCUGCGGCAGACGGUGAGCGAGGAAGGCUGCCGCAGCCGCACCAUCCUCAACCGCUUCUGCUACGGCCAGUGCAACUCCUUCUACAUCCCGCGCCACGUCCGCAAGGAGGAGGAGUCCUUCCAGUCGUGCGCCUUCUGCAAGCCCCAGCGCGUCACCUCCGUCCUCGUGGAGCUCGAAUGCCCUGGGAUGGACCCUCCCUUCCGACUCAAGAAGAUCCAGAAGGUGAAGCAGUGUCGGUGCAUGUCGGUGAACCUGAGCGACUCGGAUAAGCAGUGAAGCCCCCGCGGCGGGACGCAGCCCGCUCUGCGCGCCGCCGCCGCCGCCCCCG